CGGAGCAUUUGACUUGCCUCGUCGCCAUCGCUGCGCACAUCUCACUCAUCUUUGCUCACCAUAGCUUCCGAUUUGUUAAUGCGACUGCCGCAGCUGGAUUCUGGAUGUGAUAUCGGCUUUUUUGAGUGGCGAGUCGCCGCAUUUGGUGCUCUCAGUUGUGGUUGCGGUCCUUUGAAGUGUACGUGGUUGCUUCGCGGCAGAUUGAUGAGCAUCGAGGGGCGGAGAGUAUAUUGUUGCGGGUCCCUGGUGAUGCGUUGCGCAGCAAUAGGGUGGUGAAGAAGUUGUACGUUCUGAGUCAGGGUUUCUGAGAGGAGGUGCAAGCAUGGCGGACGUUGAAGAGGCGCCGCACAGUAUGGUGCCGCCGGGGACGGCAGUUGAAGAGGAACAGCCUCGAAUCCAGUUGAAUAUCGAUUGGGGCAACGUAGACUUGGACUCCAUUGUUCUGCCCCCUGGAGAUGACAUGGGUAUCAAGAGCGAUGAUGAAGAAGAAGAAGAAGAGACUCUUGAAACCGAUACAGGUUUCGGCAACGUCAUCAUUGUCGAUAACUUGCCUGUUGUGGCUUCUGAGAAAUAUGAGAAGCUUGAGGGUGUCAUUCGCAAGAUUUUUGGACAAAUCGGUGUUAUCACUCCUAACGGACUUCUGAUGCCGAGAGAUGAGAGUGGGAAGACCAAGGGUUAUGCCUUUAUUGAGUACAGCACUCCCCAGGAAGCACAGACAGCGCGUGAGCAAACAAACGGUUACAAGCUCGACAGAUCUCACGUCUUUGUUGUCAAUAUGUUUGACGAUUACGAUAAGUAUAUGAAAGUGCCCGAUGAGUGGAACUCCCCGGAAAUUAAGCCAUACACUCCCGGCGAAAACCUUGUUGCCUGGCUCACAGAUGACCGGGGCCGGGAUCAGUUUGUUAUUCGUUUUGGAUCCGAGACAGAGGUUUACUGGAACAACGCUAGCCAGGGGAAGCCUGACCCAGUGUAUCAUCGCACUUUCUGGACAGAGAGCUUCGUGCAGUGGUCGCCGUUGGGAACCUAUCUGGCCACCAUUCACAGGCAGGGAGCUGCUGUGUGGGGAGGCGAGAAAUCUUUCAAUCGUCUCAUGCGUUACAUUCAUCCCCAGGUGAAGUUGAUCGAUUUCUCUCCAGGAGAAAAGUUUAUGGUGACGUACAGCAGCCAUGAGCCCAGCAGUCAUAGAGAUACGCAGAGGGUCACUUUGAUGGUUUUCGAUGUUAGGAGUGGCAAGGUUCUGCGCGAGUUCAAGGGCAGUGCUGACGACUUCGCUACUGGUGGAACUGGCGGUAUCGCUGGAGUUUCAUGGCCUGUGUUCCAAUGGGCAGGUGGGCGUGACGAUAAGUACUUCGCACGAAUUGGCAAAAAUGCUAUUAGCGUGUACGAGACUGAUACCAUGGGUCUGUUGGAUAAGAAAUCGUUGAAGGUGGAGAAUGUAGUUGACUUCUGCUGGUCUCCAACCGACCCCUUGCUGUCUCUCUUCGUUCCCGAAGGUGGUGGUGGUAACCAGCCCGCCAGGGUGAGUCUUGUGUCUAUUCCCAGCAGAGAAGAGUUGCGUCAAAAGAACCUUUUCAGCGUGAGUGACUGCAAAAUGUAUUGGCAAAGCAACGGUGAGUACUUAGCUGUGAAGGUCGACCGUUACACCAAGACCAAGAAGAGUACCUAUACUGGGUUUGAGCUUUUCCGUGUGAAGGAACGCGACAUUCCUAUUGAGGUUCUGGAACUCGAAAAUAAGAACGAUAAGAUUAUAGCAUUUGCAUGGGAGCCAAAAGGUCACCGUUUUGCGAUUAUCCAUGGUGAUAGUCCUCGACCAGACAUUUCUUUCUACUCCAUGAAGGGACGUGUGACCAAGCUUACUACCCUCAAGGGUAGACAAGCCAAUGCCCUGUACUGGUCUCCACUUGGACGCUUCAUCAUUCUUGCAGGUCUCAAGGCUUACAACGGUCAGCUUGAGUUUUACAAUGUGGAUGAUUUGGAGACAAUGGCAACAGCUGAGCACUUCAUGGCUACAGACGUCGAUUGGGAUCCUACCGGCAGGUUCUGUUCAACAUCAGUAACAUCUGUUCACCAGAUGGAGAACGGUUUCAAUAUCUGGUCAUUCCAAGGAAAAUUGUUGUACCGCCUCCCUAGGGACAGGUUUUUCCAGUUUUUGUGGCGUCCAAGACCCCCCACACUUCUUACUCCCGAGGAUGAGGCUGAGAUUGCCAAGAACCUGCGCAAGUACAGCAAGAAGUACGAGGCUGACGAUCUGGCAAGAUCCCUGGAGGGUACCGAAAGGGACACCGAGAAUCGUCGCAAACUGGUUGACGAGUGGAAGUCCUGGGUGGCCCAAUGGAAGGCAGCACAAGAGGAGGAGAAAGAGGAGCGUUACAUCCUUCGUGACGGUGUACCAAGUGACACGGAGGAAGACUACGAAGCGGAGGAAGUCGAAGUAGAAGAGAUCAUUAACAUAGAGGAGGAAGUCGUUGCUUUCGGGUUUGAUAAUCAGGACUGACUUAGCGUACAACUGCAGAACAGAAGCAGGAGCCUGAAAACAAGAACUUGAGCUGAAAUUGUAGCCAAACUUCGGUUCAUUUACACGCGAAAAUGAGUACAAAUCUGAGAUGAAAAUCCAAGAAAUCCUCCUACACUGAGUCUAAUUCCCCGUGGAUCCAGUGUGGGUGUUGCUCCAGUGGCAGUUUUGCGUCAACAUCACUCCAGCAUGAGGCCUGGUGUGCUUUUUACUUAUGGACAUUCAGAGGGGAUCGGCCUGCUGCGCUACAGUAUCGCUGACAGGGGCCGUUCGCUGAUCAGAGACAGCCUUGUCUUCGCGGGCUUUGGCGAUAGCCUCCGUCUGCGCCUCCUUGCUGAGAGGGUGAAGCAGGACUUUCCCUACCGCUCGAGCAUUAUAAGCAGCAUGGUCUAUCACCUUUCGAGCCUCCGAAGUAGGGCUCACCGCCUUCUCUGGCACCUUCGAAUUGUGAUCGUUAUCACCUGUGCCCUCCAUUCCUUCCUACCCAGAUAACCCUAAACUCUCCUCAACUUCUCGCUCAACCCCUCUAACGUUUCUUCCAAUUCGCCCUAGACCUGGACUACACGUUGAAAUCGACAACAUGAAUCGACCCAAUUAGCCCAAAAUGCAAUUAAAACGUGCACGACUCCAAUCGACCACUCCUGAAUAGGCGACACAAUUCGAUCUGAGGGAGCCCACAUCAAACACCAUCACGCUGUGCCGAUGGCACAAAGAAACGCCGAGGUACACCUGGCGCUCAAAACUGGAGGCCAGGUAACAUCCAAGUGUGGUUCACCCAGUUUUGACUGCCAAGUGUUGUUCACCUAGUUCUUCUUCCCACCCCAUUUUUGGUAACACACUUUUUACUUGGUUCCCACAAUUCCAUGGAUUGUGGAGUAUAUGGGUACAAAUUAGAAACAAUUAAAGGUCAACAUUCAGACUUGGCUUUCGAAAUCAUUCGCUUACAUUGACAUAGUGAAAUUCCGUUGUUGAGGUUAGGCUACUAGACCGAAAAAACAAAACAAAAAACAAUGUUUAAAUAAAUGGAUGUGGGUGUAGAAGAGCAACUUGGAAAGGACUAUAUUGUUUUUUGUGAACACACUAUGCUUUCUACAUGAUGUAAUAAAAGAACGUGUAGAGCAGAAUAAGUACUUCAAAGUUAA